AUGGCCACAACGAAGACCGACGAAGUCGCCGACCUCAGCGACAAGCUGAAGAAGACUGAGCUCAAGGACAACGGUGAGCGUCGCCGCCGCGUCCAGCGCCAAAUGAUGAGCGAAGAGGAGCUGCAGGCGUUCCUGGCCGAGAAGGAGAAGAAAAUCGUCAAGCGGAACGUGAAGGGCACCGUCAAGUGGUACUCCGUCCUGGGCCACUACGGCUUCAUCGGCACCGAGACCGAGGAAGACGUCUUUGUGCACCAAACGUCCAUCGCCAAAUCGAAGACUGAGAAAUACUACCUGCGCACCCUUGGCAACGGUGAGGCAGUCAAGUUCGACAUUGCCGAAAGCGACAAAGGACUGGAGGCGGUGAACGUCACCGGACCGGACGGCGGUGAAGUGGUCGGCUCGCGCUACCAUCUUCUCCAACUUCCCUGGUUCCGUCAAGCUUUCUUCGACCGCAAGAAGAACAUCAACCGCAAGGCUGGUGACGACGAGCAAAAGCCGCGCCGACGCAACGCCAAGUCGCAAAACGACCGCGACGACAAGGCCGAGCCGAAGCCGGCGCGCACCCGCAGGCCUCGCCGCAACUCCAACAAGCAAGAAAAGACCGAGGCCGGUUCGGAGCUACAAUUUAAAGAAGACGAUGACGAAGAUGAGGGAAAAGCCAUCGAGCUUUCGGAAUUUGCCUGCAAGUACUGUGGCUUCCACGACACAAAGUGCGUUGCACAAUGCGACACUUGCAAACGAUGGUUCUGCAAUGGCAAGGGUAUUACCCCGAUGGCCCACAUCAUCCACCACCUCGUCCGCAGCCAACACAAAGCGGUAAAUCUCCACAAGGAUUCUCACCUCGGCGAGCACCAACUGGAGUGUUACAAUUGCGGUUCGCGCAACGUGUUUUUAUUGGGCUUCAUCCCAGCUACGAAGGAGCAGCUGAUCGUCAUACUUUGCCGGAACCAAUGCACUCAACAAGCUCAGGAAGAUUGGCAGUACGAAGAGUGGAAGCCAUUGGUCUACGAGAAGGGGCUCCUCAAAUGGCUGAUCGAGGUCCCGGAUGAAGCCAAGCAAUUGCGUGCUGUCCAAGUCACCUCGCGGCAGAUUAACAAGCUGGAAGACUUGUGGCGCCGUAAUCCCAAUGCGGUGAUGGAGGACCUGGACCGUCCCGGCGCGGACACAGAACGCGAGCCGGUUAUGCUCCGCUACGAGGACGCGUACCAGUACUGGAAAAUAUUUGCGCCUCUCAUUCAAGAUGAAGCCGACUACGACAAGUCGAUGAAAGAGCACCAAACGCAGACGGUCGGCAAAGUCACUUGGCAGCGGAAAAUCAACGGAAAGAUGCUCGCCUAUUUCCGGUUGCCGAUGUUUGAGGAAGGAUCCAUGAAAGUGGUUAUCGGUGAUGAGCUGCGCUUGAAGCACUGCCAGACGAUCAACGAAGAAUGGCAGGUCUACGUUGGGCAAGUCAUCAAGGUUCCGGAUAAUCAUCUCGACGAAAUUGGCCUGGAAAUGAAGUCCGAGCAGCAAAAGAUUUCACAAGACCCGAAGAUUAUCUGGACGUGCGAGGUGGUCUGGAACUCGACGUCAUUCGAUCGGAUGCAGAACGCGUUGAAAAAGCUGUACAUGGAGCCGACUUCACUCUCCGACUACAUAUACCAUAAGCUGAUGGGCCACGAGUGCGCAGAAGUGGAAUUCAAGAUGAAAAUCCCGAAGAAAUUGUCGGCGCCGGGCCUGCCGCCAUUGAAUCACAGCCAGAUCCAUGCGGUCAAAUCGGUGCUGCUCCGCCCGCUGUCGCUGAUUCAAGGCCCUCCGGGAACUGGCAAGACGGUCACCUCGGCGACGAUCGUCUACCAUCUGGCGACGGGCGUGGAUGGCGAACACCGGCAGCAAGUCCUCGUCUGCGCUCCAUCCAACAUAGCCGUCGAUCAGCUGGCCGAGCGAAUUCAUCGCACCGGCUUGAAGGUGAUCCGAAUGGUGGCGAGGAGCAGGGAGGCGCUGGACAGCAGCGUUGAAGGGCUCACGCUGCACAAUCAGCUGCUCCAAUUGAAAUCGGCUGCUGAACUGCACAAAUUGGAGCUGCUCAGGGAGGAAACCGGCGAACUGUCGGCCGAAGAUGACCAACGCUACAGGCGGUUGAAGCAGGUCAAGGAGCGCGAAUUGUUACAGGCCGCCGAUGUCAUUUGCUGCACAUGCUCCUCGGCGGCUGACAAGCGCCUUGCUGGUCUGCGGUUGAAGUGCAUGCUCGUCGACGAGGCCACGCAGGCGACGGAGCCAGAAGUGCUGACGGCCCUCGUCCGCGGCGUUCGCCAGCUGAUCCUUGUUGGUGACCAUCGGCAGUUGGGGCCCGUCGUCAUGUGCAAGAAGGCAGCUGCUGCCGGCCUUACGCAGUCCAUGUUCGAGCGCCUGGUUCUGUUGAACAACACGCCGAUUCGGCUCCAGGUGCAAUACCGCAUGCACCCCGCUCUAUCUGCCUUCCCAAGCAACAUCUUCUACGAGGGCAAGCUGCAAAAUGGCGUCACCGAGGACGAUCGCAAGCUGAAGGGCAUCAAAUGGGAGUGGCCGGUGCAGAACAAGCCGCUGAUGUUCUGGACGAGCUACGGCCAGGAAGAGAUCGCUGCGUCCGGAACGUCGUACCUCAACCGCACCGAGGCCGCAAACGUUGAGAAGCUGGUGACGCACUUGAUCCGGGGUGGAAUGCGUGCUGAACACAUUGGUAUCAUCACACCGUACGAGGGACAGCGCGCCUAUCUCGUUAACUACAUGAAGAAUCACGGCACACUGCCCUCCAACCUCUACGAGGCCAUCGAGAUCGAGAACGUCGAUGCGUUCCAGGGCCGAGAGAAGGAGGUGAUCAUCGUCACGUGCGUGCGUUCGAAUGAACACGGCGGUAUCGGCUUCCUGCAAGACUCGCGUCGGUUGAACGUGGCGAUCACGCGUGCCAAAUGUGGCCUGAUCAUCAUCGGCAACGCCAAGGUGCUGGGCAAGCAGCCGCUGUGGAACGAGCUGCUCAAUUAUUACAAGGAUUUGGACUUGAUCGUUGAAGGAGCGCUAAACAACCUGAAGACCAGCCACAUCCAGUUGCCUGUCAUCAAGCUGAACAACACGAAUCCGGCCUAUCCGAGCAUGCGACACUCUGGCAUGGACCAGCGCCAAAUGUACACGUUGAGCGAAUACCGCGGCGAGGCCAAGGCCCAAGCCGACCCGGGUGCUGCAGCGACGGCGCAGUCGCUGCGCGAGCAGCAGGCCCAAUUCCCGAUGCCUCUCCACAUGACCCACCUUGGCCAGGUAGUCGCCGCAGCCCAGUCGCGCUACAAUGCCCAAAAUCAAGCCAAGCAACAGGCCGCUAGCACGGGAUCCAGCGGCGCGUGGCCGCCACUUGCGCCCGCCUCGAAGACGAAGAGUGCCGGAGGGACGUCAGGACGUGAUACGACCUUCGACUCGUACGCCUCGCAGGCCAGCCAGGACUUUUUGGGCGAUGCUUCCGUCCCGUGGGCUUCGCAAGACGCCUCACAAUCGCAGUCGCAAGCGCAGCCUUGGCGCACGCCAGGACAUGGUCGUGGCGCAUCACAAAUGGUCAGCCAGGAUGAUGGCGGUCUCUCGCAGGGCGGUGGCCACGGCACCCAGUUCAGCCAGGACCUCGACGGCGACAUGGCCAAGCUGAUGCCCGCCCGCUGCUCUCCCCGCAACCCCGCACUAACUGAUCCCGCCGGCGUCGCCGACCCUCGCCCCGGGGCUGACUCUUUGGAGAUAUGGCUUAAAAGAACAUUGCCGCUA